UUCCUCCAUUUGCUGUUGUGGUGGAUUUGGAGUUGGAUGGAACAUUCCUCUGGUGCAGAAUGCGGAUUAAGUAUUUGAGCGUUUUUAUUUUAAAGGAGUUAGUUUUUCUGACGGUGAUGUGUUGCAUGUGAAAAGUCCGUCACGCGUUAUCUGCUGACCCUGAUGUCAUGAGUCGCUUGUUGCUGUUACCUUGACAACAGCCCGGAUCAAAUAUCAAUAACUCAGAGUUCAACAUGCCCAUCACCUUGCUGUGGGCCGUGGACGUAUACGGCAGGGUUUACAGCCUGUCCACAGCCGGACAGCACUGGGAGCAAGCUGACGAUAUGCUUCUGGAACUCAAACGGGUCACUGCAGGAAAGGGGAGGUGCUGGGGCAUUGGCUGUGACCAUCACAUUUACCUCAACAUGAUGCCAAGUGAGACCCCCAUCCGCCACCGUGAGGAGACAUAUGAAAACCAGAGGUGGAACCCUCGAGAUGGCUUCACUGACACGCUGCUGCCCACAGACCGCUGGCCAUGGAGCGAUGUGACGGGGAUGAAUCCGCAGCCGCUCCAUAGCUUCCAGUUGCCCUCCCGGAGCUGGGAGUGGGAGGGAGACUGGUACGUGGAUCAGACUUGUGGAGGAGAGCUCAGCCAAACUGGGGGCUGGGAAUACGCAGUAGAUUUCCCGACCAACUUCUCCCCAGACAAGAAGUGGAACUCUUGUGUUCGUCGUAGACGCUGGAUACGCUACCGGAGAUACACGGCACAGGGCUCGUGGGCCAAGAUUCCUCUGGACAAUCCCAGGAAACCACCACUGCCACUCUGUGACAUCAGCUGUGGAGGGUGGGAGUUGAGUGACAGCUCUGGAAGGUAUCCGUAUCUCUGGGGUGUGUCCCAACAAGGACAGGUGUGGUUCAGAGAGGGCAUCCACCCUCGUGUCCCAGAGGGCUCCAGCUGGGAAGAAGUAGAAGUGCCGAAGGAGGUUGCCCAGAUAUCAGCUGGUCCUGGCGACCUGCUCUGGGCCUUACUUUGGGAUGGGAACCUGCUGGUCCGUACCGGCAUCAGUUUGGACAGCCCAGCCGGUACAUCAUGGGUGGAGGUGGAAUCUCCUGGGAAGGAGGUUGAAGCACUUCAUGUGGCUGUUGGAGUCAGCGUGGUCUGGGUGGUCACGAAAGACUACAGGGUGUGGUUCAGGCGUGGCAUAAACUCGCAUAACCCCUGUGGCUCUGGCUGGAUCAGCAUCGGAGGGGAGAUGAUGAUGUUGGAUGUAGGACUCAAUGACCAGGUGUGGGCAGUUGGUGAAGACCGUGGCCUGUAUUUCAGAAUAGGUGUGACUCCAUGUGAACCAAGUGGGAAUGGUUGGAUCCCUAUUUUGGCCCAAUGGGGCAGUAACAAAAAGGCCGUGCUACACAGUGACGAUGGCCAGCCAAAGGAAGUCUCCCAUAAUUUAGGUCUGACCUGCACGGCUGUAGGCUCAGAGUUGGUUUCUGCUGAGUCCCCAAAGAGCACUAAAGACACUCCAGUCCUGGAGGCUGGAGACCCGUCAGUAGUCCCAUUAGGGGCAGGUGAGAUGCUUGCUCCUUCCUUGGCUGCAGAGGACACCUCCACUGCAAAAGACAUCACCAAACCCUUCAUCCCCACCAGUGACAGUUUCAUCAAUAGCCUGGUCUCAGACCGUGAGAAAGCUUGGACAAUGCAACCAUCCAUCACAGAAGAUUCCCAGGAGGUAAACGGAGAGUCCCGCCCAGCCCAGAUAAUGCCAACCCCUGAGGCCACAAUUCACUAUGUCCCCUGGAGUAAUGUGGAUCUGGAGGGGGCAGAAACAGCUCAACAUUCAGAGGUAGCAGCGGCGGCGUGUUCAUUGGGUGGUGGCAAUGGCGAGGCCACCUAUGAUUUAGAGACCUCUCAGAGGGUUGUACAGGAGGAUGGACCUGUGUGGGCUUGGAUCUCUGGUGGAGGCUGCAAUGUGGAUGCAACUUCACAGAUCAGCUGGCUUAGUCCCACAGGUCCUCUCACCAGCUCUGUCUCACUGACUCCAGUCCAGUCAGCAGCAUGGAGCCAACAACAGCAGGAGCACAGAGAGGAGAUCAGCAAGAAACCGCUAGAGAGGAGCAACUCAGUGUGGGUGCGUAAAGGUCCACUGCGUUGGUGGAGAGACUGGAAACCUCAGCGUUGGAUGGAUGUGGGUGUUGCUCUGGAGCAGUCCACAAGGCCAGAUGGCAGGAAGGACAGUAUUUUCUUUGUCUACUACAUCCAGUAUGAUGAGAAGAAGUACCUUCAUGUGUUUAUAAGUGAAGUGACGGCGCUACUUCCGGUGCUCAGGGACUGCCACUAUGCUUUCGCUGUGUACACGUCCCAGCGAACCAAACACAGAUGGCCUCUGGUCCUAGCAGCACAAACGGAACAGGAUAUGAAUGACUGGUUGCAUUUGCUGUCUGAUUGUUGCUGUGAGUAUCGAGGGAUCAGAGGUCCCCCUUCCAGACAGGCCCUGUGGUCCACCACCUCUAAAGGAGACAUCAUGGUUCAUGAGCCGUCCUUCUCGCUGGAGGCUCCAGUAAACACGCUACCCUGUGACCUUAUGUUCUGGCGGCAGGUCCCAGGUCACCUGCGCUACGUGGAGUCAAACAGUCUGGGGCUAGUGUGGGGCAUCGGGUGGGAUGGCACCGCCUGGGUCAGCGGGCGCUGUGAGCAGCAACCCACCACGGCAGGAGAUGCGGCUCAGGUGGAGCAGCAGACUGAUGUGAGAAGUGUCCACGUUUAUGAGAAUCAGAGAUGGAACCCAUUGACGGGAUACACUGACAAAGGACUGCUCACUGACCGUCCAAUGUGGAGUGAUGAGAGCGGACUGCAAGAGCGCACAAAAAGCAGCACGCACCCGCCGUCUCCUCUGUGGUCCUGGGUGUCGGACUGGGUUGUGGACUAUGGUGUCCCUGGAGGGACAGACAAAGAAGGCUGGCAGUACGCUGGAGACUUCUCCAUGACGUUUCACGGUCACAAAACCCUAAAAGACUUCGUCAGGCACAGACGGUGGAUGAGAAACUGCAAGAUCACAGUGAGAGGUCCAUGGCGGCAGAUCCCACCCAUCACUCUGAGUGACCUCUCGCUGAUGCCAUGCUUGGCCCACACCAGGAUGGACCAGGUCCCCGUUUGGGCCCUCAGUGAUAAGGGCGAUGUUCUGUGUCGCCUGGGAGUUAGCCCCCAGAACCCUGCAGGCAGCUCCUGGCUGCAUGUGGGCACAGACCAGCCCUUUAAGUCCAUCUCCAUUGGAGGAGCCAGCCAGGUGUGGGCCAUCGCCAAGGACGGGUCCGUGUUCUACAGAGGAUCAGUGUCCCCGCAAAACCCUGCAGGUGAAUGCUGGUACCACAUCCAGUCUCCUCCCAAGCAGACCCUAAGACAGCUGUCCGUGGGCAGGACCUCAGUCUGUGCUGUGGAUGAAAACGGUAACCUGUGGUACAGACAGGGUGUGACCCCGAGUUACCCUCAGGGAUCGGCGUGGGAGCUCAUCUCCAACAAUGUCACCAAGGUUUCUGUGGGACCACUGGACCAGGUGUGGAUCAUAGCAGACGGGGUCCCAGGCUUCCCUGGUGAGACUCAUGGAGCCGUGUGCCACAGGCUUGGGGUGGGACCCAUGCAACCCAAAGGCCAGUCCUGGGACUAUGGUAUCGGGGGAGGAUGGGAGCACCUCAGUGUGAGGGGUAACUCAGCUGAAGCUCCUCGUGUCUCUCUCCCUGCUUCAGUCACAGCUCCACGCAGCCCGAUUCCUUCUCAUCCUCCACCACAGGUGAACGGGACCGCCGUGAGCGUGUAGCUCCCCCAACUCCUCUUCCACAGCCCCGUUUGUGCCUGGAUUGGUUUUUCCACUCCCCCCCUUAAACUCUUCAUGGAAAAGGGAAUGCACAAUCACAUCAGACUUUCCAGUGUUCAUGUGUAGAUGCUUUAUCAAUGGAUGAUUGUUACACCUACAAACUUCAGAAUGAAAUGACUGGGGGGAAAAAACAGCGCACAGCAGCAUUUCAAGGACUAUACCACACUGCUGCACAUACGAACCUUACUGUCAACUGUUUUCUAAAUCACACAACCAGGAAUGCUAGGGGAAAAAACCUUACCUCGUCAGUUCCUUUUGGUACACUUAACGAAGGAAUCUGGUAAUCUAUCGUAGUGAACAAUUCAUCGGCUAUGGAACAACAGGCAAAACGUCAGUUCAGAGCUCUUUAUGUUCAGCAUCCUCUUGAAAGUAGUUUCACAACGAUGAAUCUCUUUUAUCGGGUUUUCGCCACAGCACAUGAACA